AUGAAAGAUCCAGGAAGUUUUUCCUUGCCUUACUCUAUCGACGGAAUGGAUGUCAGGCAUGCGUUAUGCGAUUUAGGUGCAAGCAUCAACUUGAUGCCUCUAUUAAUCUUCAAGAAGCUGGGAAUUGGUGAGGCCAAACCCACCACUAUCACCCUACAACUAGCAGAUAGAUCCAUAACAUACCCUGAGGGGAAGAUUGAAGAUGUGUUCGUCAAGGUAGAUGAGUUCAUUUUCUUUACCGACUUCAUCAUUCUGAACUAUGAGGCUGAUAUAGAGAUUCCAAUCAUCCUUGGGCGCCCAUUCUUAUCAAUUGGACGUGCAUUGAUAGAUAUGCAAAAAGGUGAGCUGACUAUUCGAGUUGAUGAUCAACAGGUAAAGUUCAAUGUGUUCAAUGCAUUGAAGUUUAUAAAUGAACUAGAAACCUGUCAGCACAUUGAAGAUUUGGGAGUAAGUUUUUGGGAAGCGAUGAAUGAAAAAUUAAGAGAAGAAAAAGAAAAGGAAUUGGCAAUAGAAGAAGCUAUCCACGUCGUAACCAUGUCUAACCCGAUCUUUGAUUCAUUGAAUUUAGAAGAAAGAGAAGCAGCAAAAAUCAAACCGUCAUUAGAAGAGCCCCCUCUCAUAGAGCUCAAAGCCUUACCUUCUCACCUUAUGUAUGUUUAUUUAGGCGAUAAUGACAUUUUGCCCAUUAUUAUCUCCUCAGCAUUAAGUGCAGACGAUGAGGUAGCCCUAUUGCAAGUUCUAAGGAAUACACUAAGGCCAUCAGAUGGACUUUGA